UUUUAGCGAUGCCGGAGCGAGAAGCUAGGAGUAAACCGAAAAAGUCUGUGAUCGGCACGUUUUUAGGUCGACUCGGCCGGAGCAAAAGCCGCGGAGCAUCCGAUGUGGAGAGGAAGAAAGAAAAUCAGUCAGAUGCCCCACCAAAUGUCGUGGUUCCGGCUUCAAAAAGCGAUGGAAAUAUCAAAAGCAGCAGCAACCGUCGGAGCUCAGAAACAUCACAUCGAGAAGCGGCCGCUGGAUUUUUAGUGGAAGAAGCUCGGAUGUCGCCGGCUCGACGGCUUCUCAAUCGAUUUUCGACGCUCCGUGCUACAGGAAGAUUUAGGUCAUCAUCGUCACGUGGUGCUUCGACAGACAGUCUCAAUACGACAAGCAAUGGAUUUUCGGAUGGUGGCUCCAAUCUUCUCCCACCAAAACCCAACCGAAUCGGAUGCGCCGCCACUGGAGCCCAAUCGGAGACCGAUCUGCGUUUCGUAACAUCCCGCGAUACACACAGCUCUAUUCCACUCAACGAGCCAUUUGGAUUUGGCGAGAAAUCGCCGCGAGCCUUUAUGUCGGAAAAUGAUUUAUCCGCUGGAGCCGCCGGAGCAUCGACAGAUUUUCCCGAAGUUACAAGAACACCGAGCUAUUUGAGAAUAUCAUGUGCAUUGAAUGGUUAUACAAAAUCACCGAACAAGUCGGAUCUCACACCAAUAGCUCCUCAUCCACCUGUAUCAACAAUGGGUGAAAGUUUUGUUGAAAGACGUUCAAGAAUGUUCUCACAGCCACAGCAACGCAAUCCUGCACCCGGUUUCUCGAGUCCUUUGCCACCGACGACAGUGUCAAGCCAAUCGGCGAGCUCCGAAAUUGAAUGCUCAACACCGAUAGUUCCAUUGAAAAACGCUCGUCUCAACACUCUUCAACAUACUUCUGAAAUGGGCAAUCACGCCUCAAUACCUCAACCAAUUCGGGAUCUCAUCAGUAAAUUCAAUCAAUUGGAUCUCUGUAGUGCACAUAAAAAUGAAAAGGAGGGCAUCGAGAAUAUUGAGCCACACAAGUUUAUUAUUAAUCAGCAACCGGCAUUUGACGAAAUUGAUCUGAAAAAGGAUUCGAAUGGAAAUGACGACGAGAAAAAAGAUCUAAAAAUCUCGAUAGAUGCUGAAAGUGAUAGUGGAAUAUCUGGAUCCUCACCGGCGAGCUCAAAGAAAAAUAUUGAUAUUUCAAAAGAAGAGCCGAAACAAGAUGAAGAAGAAGAAGUAACAACUACAUCAACACCAUCAAAUGGACAUGAAUUCCAAUUACUUCAUGAUAAAGUGAAAGCUCAGUUACAGACAAAAAUGAAUGCGGCGAGCACCGAUUUGGAGCACGCCGAUGAUUAUCCAGAGAAAUGUUCGGAUUCAUUGAGAGCCGCUCAUGGAAAUGCACAUUUGUUGGUUAGGAAGAAGUUCUCCAAGUUUAAUGAACUUAUUGGAAAAAAUUUGAACCCAAUUGCCGAUGAUCCGAUGCCAGUUACCGUACAGGAUCUUGAAGGAUUCUGGGUUACAAUUGAUAUGGAAUUGAAAGGAAUUUUAAAAGAAUUCACGAAAGUUGAACAAUACAGAGCAGCCAACUGGGAUCCUUCAGCUGUAAAGGAAGAAGAAGAAAUCGAUUCGACAACAAAUCGACCACCGAUUGCUCCAAAGACGAGACCCGUGACUGCGAAAAAGAAGGCACCGAUUGUUUCAGAGGAGACGAGGAAGAAGCUCGCCGAGCAGAAAGCACUUGCUGAGCAACGAAGAGCCGAAAUGCGUGCACAGAUUCUUCAAAAUCGGAAAGCGGCGAAAAAUCAAGAAGAUCCAGCGAUUGGAGCAUCUGAAGAAUGCUGAAAAUAGUUCCAAUUUCUCCUGUUCAAAAAAAUCUCACAAUUUCAACCCCAAUUUCUCUCACUCCAUAGACUUUUAAUUUCUCUUGAUUCAUCACCUCUUCCCACGACACAUCAUUUUCUACAUCAUAAUCAUUGUGCGAAAAAUGCUCAGAACUUUCUUUUUUUAACUGGGUCUAAAUAACAUUGCGAAAAAUACGCAACUAUGAAGAUUUUAAAAUUAUCACUGGAAACUGGAGAAAAAUUGGCGCAUUUUGUAAUUUUUAAGGAAAACAAAUUUAGUAUUUUUUUAAAUGUUUUUUUCCAUUUUUCCAGUGUUAAAUUUCUAAUUUCAGUCAUAAAUUACUAAACAAUUUUUUCCCUCCCCAUAUAGCUGUUUCUUUAAAUGAUAUUCACCUGACGAUAUCACAGUACACAGUACAAUUCCUUUUUUUUCAAAUUUUAACCCAGAAAUUUAUAUAUUUUUUGGCCAUUUUUUUAUUUUUCUGACCCCCUGAUUUUCUUUUUCAUUAUUUGUUGACCGAGUACGCGGGUCAUUUUUGAAUGUUUUUUUUCGCCUUUCCUAACCGAGAACUUGUAAAUGAAGUCCCUGACGAUUCUAAG